CUCUCUCUCUCUCUCUCUCUCUCUCCCUCUCUCUCUCUCUCUCUCUCCUCCGCACUUUGGCGCGCUUUCCCUUUUCUUUCUCUACGCCGGAAGCUUACAGUAAAGCUUACAGUACGUCUGUGUAUUAAAGGGCAUCACUGCAGUUCAGUAAAACGUUUAAAGUUUUUGAUUAUUGCAAGUCAAGUUUUCUUGGUCAUUUCAUAUUUAAGAGAGAAUGACAAGCGUAAAGCGCUUCUGUGAUUCCAUGUCAAACGAACUUGUAUUUCGCAUUAGGUAUAUUUUUCUUUUAUGAACACGAAUAUUUUCUCUCUGCGCAUAAAAUAUCGACAAUCAGAUACAACAUUGUUUACCAAAUGUACGCAGUUGAUUUUGCACACCAAUUGCCGUUUUACAGAAAGAUUUAAAAUUUUUCUGUCCGCUAAGCACUAAAUUCGCGUUUGUGAAUUCUUAUACCAGGCGCCCAAUCCAAAAAAGUUUACGAUUCUUGUGAAGCUUUAAGCUAGAUAUAAUGAAUAAUUUUAAACUCGUCUUCGGCUCGGGGACGCACCUGCCUUCGAUUCAUACUGCAAACUCCACACUCGGUCUAAAAAAGUCCACUUUACGCCCUUGGUACACAAUAUACUAUUUUGUACAUCAUAACUAAUUUGCUGCUUGUACUUUGACAAUAAAAAAAGGUCAUGCUAUUUACACAAUACAGUUAAUAACUAAUUAUUACUAUUUUUCAGAUAGACGGUUAAAAAUACACAUAUUUAAAUAUUUCAUCGUAUAUUGCAUGCAGAGGAAAAAUACGCAGUAAUCGUACCAUGUACAUAUUUGAGUUAUCAGGAGAAAACUAUGGAUGCUUUUGUGAUGUAUCCUAAACCAUCCAAUAAAGAUGAUCUACUUUUCAUUGAUGAAAUGGUAAAAUCAUAAGCCCAGUCUCCGGAAGAGUGGAAACGUUUCUCCUGUAGCAUUGUUUCUUAUAUAAGUAUGUACCUUUUAAUUUAAAUAUGAACUUCUCUAACUUAUAAUGCAUGUACUAUAUUUAUAAGUAUUUAUGAUGCAAUAUGUAUAUAUUUAUAUUGAAAUGGAAAUAUAGUAUAUUAUAACACUGUUGUGGGAGAUGGUUUUCUACCUUGCUCGAGGUUUUUCGCACGAGCAAAGCAAGUGAGAAAAUCGAGCAAGGUAUAAAAACACCUUUUACAACAGUCUCAUACGAUAUUUUAUAGCACAACAACCUCAAAGUUGUGAUUUUGAGGUUAGUAUGCUAUAAAAAAUUGUAACGGUCACUUAUGGGUCGGGGGAAGUUUUAAAUUUCGCGCUGCGACACGGGCGACAUUUUAUAGGGUAGAUUUGGUAAGCGUCGAUUUGUAUGUGUGUGUGUGUGCGGGAGAGAAUACGAAGCGCCGGAUCGCCGGGCAAAGCAGAACGCUGCGAGAGGUCCAAGCGAUCGGUUGGACUCUGCAAAUUUAUAAUACAGUCGACUCGAGAGAAAUUGCAGAAACCCGAGAAGGGGUAAGCCGAGUGAAUACCGUGAUAAGAAUUUAAAAGUAGAUUUAAUUCUAAUUGGUUCCGAUUAGUUUUUGUAUCAAAUCAAAAGUUCGCUGCUCUGAGGAGGCGAUCAGGGAGUCGUAGCCCUGGAAAGGACAUCGUCAACGUGGCCGUCGAGACGUGGCUCCGAUUUCGACGUACCCGCAAUACAGAUCCUAAAGCCAUCCAACGCGCCAACGCCACUACUCCGAGCGCAGAGCAUCAGUGAUCGACGCAUUGUAAGCGAACGAAUUUGAAUCGAAGUUAUAGAUAUCGAGCCGGCCAUUCAAAUAGUAGCGGAGACAAGCUUGUCUUUUAGAGCAAAGCCACAUUUAAUUUGUUGACGACGAUAGCGCGCUGCGCAAGUCAAAGCAUGUAUGUGAGUGUAUGUGAUUUGAUAAAUGUGCAUGCGCGCAUAUAAUUUCUUUUUAAGAUUAGUUCGACGAACGACGGUAUCCCAGUUGUGCCUCGCAGAAUUUUGUACUCAAAAUAACAACGUACCUUAUUUUAUUUGAAAUAUACAUAUAUCUAUUCUCCCCAUACAUCCAUUUUUUACAUGGCGCUCAACGAACGGGCAAAGUUUGCGAGAGUACAAUUGGCAUAAAUCGUCGUAAUAAAAUAAUCAUUGUGAUAGCGCAUGGUUCUGACGAGAACUGGUAAGGGAAAGGACAUUUCCAAAAUGACAGAUCCUCAAGUGAUCGAAGAGUUACGAGAGCAAAUCGCGAGACUGUCUGCCGCCCAAACAGCAGCAAAUAACGAAAACGAAUGUUUAAGAAGGCAAAUCGCAUCGCUCAAAGCUAAAAACAAAGACCUCCGCGACGGUAAUAGUAGCGGUAAAUCGUACAAUGACCAUGAUACGCAGACCGAUCAGGGAAUAACCCCGCCUGGAGAUCAUGACAACUCAGACGCACCGAGACCUAACAAUAACGAUCAAAAUUCAAAUAUAAACCUCGAUUUGGUCAAUGGCAUUCUAAGUCAUUUUGAGACGCUUCACGUCUCAUUAGUUCUGCCCACUUACGACGGAGAAAACGGCAACCCUAUACAAUUCAUUGAAAAACUAGAGAAAUAUUUUAUCCGCAAAAAAAUAAAACAUGAACAAAAAUUGCUCGUGGUUGAGGACGCUCUAAAGGGACGCGCGCGCGUCUGGUAUGAGGCACGCUUUAGCCCUUUCAUAUCGUUCGAACAUUUUAAACGUAUUUUCAACGACGAAUUUUAUUCGUUAGAAGCUCGAAUGAAGUUUAAAACAGAGUGGGCGGCGAAGAAGUUCAAGCCGGGUUCGAAUCAUUGUCUGCGUGAAUACUUCCUUGAACAAACGCGAGCCGCAAAAUACAUCACACCGCGUAUGGAUGACUACGAGAUUAAUUACACCAUUAUUAAGCAAUUACCUCAACGUGUGCGAGAUGCUUUGUCAACCGUGGAUUAUUUAAAGAGUGAUUUAAUUUCUCAAGCGCUAGCGCGUCUAGAUGCCUCGUAUAGUGAAAACUACAACGGUAAUACCCAGUACGCAAAAUCGGCUCAGCAGCAAGAACGGCAAAAACAUACAGUAAAUCAGGUAAAUCACAUUCAAAGAAACGAUUCGUUGAUUAAACGAAAUAACUAUUCAGGCCCCGGAAGGCGUAAUUACUCACAAGAUAGAUCUCGCGAAAAUUGGCGUGAACCAGCGCGUUCCGAUGGAAAUUCGCAUUUUGCACUACCUGACACUUCUAGACCACCGCCGAAGAUUAGCAAUCAGAGUAGAAGCCCGAAUAGUAACGACGGAGAAAACUCGCAAUUUCAGAACAAACAAAGUCCAUCAACGGCACACAAUAUUCGCGCGAUACAGCAGUCGGAGUUCAUACAAGAUCUAGCUUGGGAUGUAGAAGGAGAGGUCGGUGAAGGUGAUUUGUCACCCGAAUCUCACAUCAUGAGUCCGAGAAUGCGUGCAAAAAUAUUUGGAAGUUACGUAACCGUAUUGAUAGACUCCGGGAGCGAUAUCACAUGCGUCUCGCAACGUUUCUACGAGAGUAUAUCGAAAGUAAACACUAGAAUCCCAGAGUUACCUGUAAGCAAUUUGGCUGUCGGUGUAGCAGUCGCGCGAAAGACUAUUAGAAUUGCGAAGAAAAUCUAUUUGAACAUUCAAUACGGGAAUUAUGAUAUUGAACACACGUAUUUGGUGGUACCGGGUUUGGCUGCGGAUAUCAUCGUGGGCGCGGACUUUCUUGAAAAGAACGGCGGAAUCAUAAACUUUAAAGACAAAACUUUUGAAUUAAAGGGAAAAGAAAUACCGUCAAAUCUGAUUUCGUAUCAAGGUGAUCCAACUUUGAACGAAAAUUUGGAAGCUAACGCGUGUCGAAGUUUACAGUUGCAUAUCCUAGAAACCCAUAAGUUAGAUAAAAAUUUGAACCACGCUACCAAAAAUUGGAGAGGUCGAGCAUGGGGGGUGGUUGCGAUACGGAAGUAUCCCAAAAAAUGGUAGCCGUGAGCGCAAAUAAUAUAACGAUUAUGAAGUGCGAAAAUAAUACUCCGUAUAAUGUCGAGUCAGAUAUCAAAGGCUACGUGGCGGGCUUGACACAGCUAAGCGACGAGCAUAAGCGCGUCAUCGGACAGUUGUUUUUAAGGAACAGAAGGGUUUUUUCGGACGAGCCGGGUCGUUUAAAGGGAUACGAGCACGUGAUAAAGGUCUCGAGCGAUAAACCUUUCGUCCGUCGGUCGCAGCCGGUCGCAUUAGAGGUCAGACCACAACUCGACUCUGAAGUUCGAAAAAUGGAAAGGCUAGGUAUCAUUCGGCGAUCGAACAGCGACUACUGCAAUCCGACGCGUAUCGUUAUUAAGAAAACGGGAGAGAUACGUUUGUGUCUUGACGGCCGCUGGGCUAAUAAAUUAAUACGCGCAAAUAACGAGUCUCCGCAGAGAAUCGAAGAACUUUUGCUAAAGAGGGACGGACUAAAAUUUCUAUCGACAACCGACUUCGUAAAGGGAUAUUGGCAGAUACCAAUUAGCGAAGAGUCAAAGAAAUUCACGGCAUUUGUACAUAACGGACACGUAUAUGAGUUUAAUGUUCUCGCGUUCGGAAUGAAGGAUUCGGGAGCCGCAUUUAUCAAAGCGCUGGACAUCGCACUCGGGCCCGAGUUUGAUGAUUUUGUCAGUGCGUAUAUUGACGACUUGCUCAUAGUGUCAUGUACUUUUGAUGAACAUGUUCAGCACCUUGAUAGACUUUUCAAUCGGUUGAUCGAAAAGGGCUUGACGUUAAGCUUGGCAAAGUCGAAUUUUUUUAGGGAUUCUGUCCCAUUUCUGGGAUUUGUACUCACGCGCGAGGGAAUUAUGCCGGAUCCCGAGAGAUUGAAAGCGAUUCACGAUCUGCCGCCGCCGCGCGAUAAACAACAAUUGCAGUCUGUGCUAGGAAUGUGCGGGUAUUAUAGGAGGUUUGUCGUCAGACACGCAAAUUAUAUCGAUCCUUUCCGGGAUCUCUUGAGCGGAAAUAAGCCGUGGGUAUGGACAUCGAGGCACGCGGAAGCUUUCGAAGAGCUGAAAUUAAAUUUUUCAAGGUGUGUAACUUUGCGUCAUUAUUUGCCAAAUACUGAGUUUCGAGUUCAGACGGAUGCGAGCGACAUAGGCGUAUCGGGAAUAUUAUACCAGUUAGACGAAGAAAAUAAUCCGCGAAUAGUUUCACUGGUAUCGCGCGUGUUAACAAAAUACGAGAGGAAUUAUACCGUCACCGAGAAGGAGCUCCUAGCGGUUAUAUAUUCAGUUUUGAAAUUUAGGUAUUAUCUACUUUGCUCUAGAUUUCAAAUCAUCACCGACCACAAAAAUUUGACGUUUUUAUUAACUUCACCGUUCAAUAGCGCGAGAUUAACGCGUUGGGUAUUAUGCUUGCAAGAGUAUGAUUUCGAGAUAGCCCAUUGCAAAGGUAGUGAUAAUGUAGUAGCCGAUUUCUUUAGCCGUCACUUCCCGGGCGAGCCGUUCCAAAGUCAUUGUAACCGUUUGAUUUGGAAUUGCGUGAGGGAACUCCCGGAAAUAACAGAUUGCUCGGAAAACAAUAUAAAGUCAAUAAAUUUAGUAAAAGCCCUUUGCCUAAAGCCGGAAUUAUUAAGCGAGCUAAAGAAAAUCAAAGAACACCAAAAAAACGACGCGCAGGUUCAAUGUUUCGUAAAAAAGCAGUCCAAAAAUCAUUCGGUAUGCGUAGAUCAUGAGGUCUACUAUGUUAAAAGCAAGCAAGAUGAGGGGUGGAAAUUACUCUUACCGCUGUCUUUGGUAUUAACAACUAUACGAUAUACACACGAACAGUUUGGUCACGCGGGCGCCUUUAAAUUACAGAAAUAUUUAUCACGUUUUUUCUAUUGGAGAGGAAUGCGACGUGCGAUAAAAGCUUUUACAAAGAGUUGUGAUCUUUGCCAACGGGUUAAAUAUUUGAAUUAUAAGAUGGAAGGUGGAUAUCAGUUUCUAAAGGCUUCGAAACCCAACGAACUUGUGUCCGUGGAUUUUUUCGGGCCAUUGCCGCGCUCCGUAGGAGGUGUGCAAUACAUCUUUGUGAUUCAAGAUGUUUUCAGCAAGUUGAUAACGCUUUAUCCGAUAAAACGCGCAACAACAAAGGUUUGUCUAACAAAGUUAACGCAGAAAUAUUUCGUAGAUGUAGGGAAACCCGAACGAAUUUUGUCUGACCACGGAACCCAAUUCACUUCUCCGUCGUGGAAGGCGAGUCUCGAGGCAGUAGGGAUCCAUGUGUUGUUUUCGUCUAUACGUCAUCCCCAGUCAAACCCGGUGGAACGUAGCAUGCGCGAAAUCGGUCGAAUUUUUCGCACCUACUGUGCAGAUCAACACACAAAGUGGGCACGGUACGUGAACUUCGUGCAGCAGUGUAUAAAUCUAACGGUCCAUCAGAGCACGGAUUACACGCCCUAUUAUUUACAUUAUAAUAAACAGCCAAAAGAAAAAAUACUCGAGAUAUUCCCUCUUUUGAGCGAGAUACCACACGCGCGCGAGUUUCAUUUGGAGCGAGCGAACAUAAAUUUGAAAAAGGCAUUCGAAACACGUUGUAAGGCGCAGAAAACAGUGUCAAGGAUCAACAUCGAGGUCGGGGACGAGGUGAUGCUUCGCGUACCCCAUUUGUCCGAUGCCGCGCAGCGUCAAAUCUCCAAAUUUUUUUAUAUCUAUGAGGGGCCGUACCGGGUAUCACGGCUAAUGGGAGAAAAUGCGUAUGAGUUGGUAAUGUUUGACGAUCAGGCGGUCGUAAAAGGUACGUACAAUCGGUAUAAUUUAAGAAAAUAUUAUAAGCCGUAAACGAAAGCUAUUUGAGCGAUGAGAUGCGCUGUCUUAAUGAUCCACGAUAAUCAAUAGAUGUUUGUAAAUAGAUCCGACGAAGCGCGAGGCAUGUGCCGAGAAGCUUGUACAUGUAAAUAGAGUAUUAGCGAGAUCAUAGCUUGUAAGUUUGAUGAACAGAUGAUGUAAAUAAACAAGAGAAAUUGAGCAGGCUUCGCAAAUGUUAGUCUCGACUAUCCGGCUUUGUGAGUUGAGAUGAAUAUCGGCGAAAUUUGUUCGAAAAAGAAAGCAAAGAGUGGAAGUCGAUGUACGUCAAGGACACACAUCGGGGGGGUGUUUGUAACGGUCACUUAUGGGUCGGGGGAAGUUUUAAAUUUCGCGCUGCGACACGGGCGACAUUUUAUAGGGUAGAUUUGGUAAGCGUCGAUUUGUAUGUGUGUGUGUGUGCGGGAGAGAAUACGAAGCGCCGGAUCGCCGGGCAAAGCAGAACGCUGCGAGAGGUCCAAGCGAUCGGUUGGACUCUGCAAAUUUAUAAUACAGUCGACUCGAGAGAAAUUGCAGAAACCCGAGAAGGGUUUUUGUAUCAAAUCAAAAGUUCGCUGCUCUGAGGAGGCGAUCAGGGAGUCGUAGCCCUGGAAAGGACAUCGUCAACGUGGCCGUCGAGACGUGGCUCCGAUUUCGACGUACCCGCAAUACAGAUCCUAAAGCCAUCCAACGCGCCAACGCCACUACUCCGAGCGCAGAGCAUCAGUGAUCGACGCAUUGUAAGCGAACGAAUUUGAAUCGAAGUUAUAGAUAUCGAGCCGGCCAUUCAAAUAGUAGCGGAGACAAGCUUGUCUUUUAGAGCAAAGCCACAUUUAAUUUGUUGACGACGAUAGCGCGCUGCGCAAGUCAAAGCAUGUAUGUGAGUGUAUGUGAUUUGAUAAAUGUGCAUGCGCGCAUAUAAUUUCUUUUUAAGAUUAGUUCGACGAACGACGGUAUCCCAGUUGUGCCUCGCAGAAUUUUGUACUCAAAAUAACAACGUACCUUAUUUUAUUUGAAAUAUACAUAUAUCUAUUCUCCCCAUACAUCCAUUUUUUACAAAAUAUAUACGCUAAUUAUUUUCAAUA